AUGGAACGGCCAACUCCAGCUCCAAGAGUUUUCCUUAACAAAUGUAAUCAGUAUAAACCACCGGUACCAGAACGACAUUUUCCAACCAGUUCCAGUUGUAAUCCGGAAUUAGCAACAACAGCAACUGCAACAACAACUAGUACUACUACAACAGCUAUUACUACUGGAGCUUACUGUGAUAGUGUACCAAGUACAUCUGUAGAAGCUUCUGUAUCAGUGACAGCUGACUGUCCAACAGCACUAGCACCUCCUCUAAUACCAAAGAAGCCAGAACGUCUUUCAUCAUUAUAUGCAAAUCCCACUGCUAAGCCGCAGUCUAUUUGCCAAAAUCGAAGGUCCAAUGAAUUACAACCAAAAAUUUCACCAGUAACUGAGCCACCAGUUCUUGAUAAUAAUUCAUUGCUAAACAUCAAAAAAUUGGAUGAUAACUGUUAUCCAUCAGUACGGCCCCUUGUUCCUGCACGACGAACUAUUUCGCCGUCCACUUUAACGAAAUCGCCGUCCCCCAAGCCGAGUACAGUCGAAGAAGAGAGCAUAGUUAAUGAAAACGGUUACUCUUUGGUAAGCAGGACGGGGAAAGAUGAAUCGGAAUUUGGUUUUUCGCAACGAGACGAUGUUCAACGAACAGAGUCAAAUCACUCACUUAUUGUUGACCGUGAACCAUUGUUCUCCGAACUGCAAUCGGAAUCAUCGACAAAUUCGAGUGUUAGACAGUCCGUUAAUCUAAUUGAUUUUGGCGAUGAUACCUCAAAUUUGGGGAUGUUACCUCGCCUGACUGACGACGAUGCGCUUGACGGACUGCGGAAUCCACCGUAUAAGAAAGAAUCCAGUAGUCAAAUGGACAUAUUUUUUGAUCAACAGCCUAGUAGUCCUGACGUGGAUGAAAACAAGGAUUUGUUGCUGACAGAUACCAGUGAAUAUGGAAUCUGGAAUCCUCGAUAUAUUAGUUUGGAAGAGUACAGAAGACUUGUUGAAAGUUUGCCACCGUAUAUCACUAAAAGGGAAUCCCCAUCUCCGUCAAAAUUCUAUGUUGACGCAGAUAACCUCGACAAGGACUCAAAAAAAUCGUCUUUGGCUGAAUCAGAGAGUGCAGUAGAAAAUGAGAGGUCGGCUUCAAUUGAUGGAGAAUCUGUCUGUUUUUCUGGAUAUGUUCGUUUAACUGCGCAUAAAAAGGAUCGUGGUAAAUUAUGGGCUGUUUUACGUUCCAAUAAGCUCCAAUUUUUUAAAAGCGAUGAAGAGGAAGCAGGCGUUGUCUUGGGGCCCUAUGAUCUUAAAAAUGCUGUCUAUAUUGGUCGAAAUCCUAAAAAUAGAAAUAAGAUUGACUUAUACAUAAAGGAAAAUUCGACUUCAUUGCACUGGAAUCAUCUGGUUAUAGAAUCUGAGAGUCCAGAGCCUUGGCUGUUUUUGAUUGCAAAGUGUUUUAUGCCGAAACACGACACACUUAGCCACAGUGUUGGUAACAUUGAUGCAGGUGGCUUUGUUUGGAUUCGCCAAGGAGUGACUUGUCCUUGGUCCGAAGGAUGGAUGUAUCUUGAUCAAGUAUGGGAUAUAGAGCUAGUCAAAAUGAUGUGGAGGGUGAAAAAUGCUACAGCGAAGAUUGUGAAAUACAACUUUAACCGAAAACUUUUUUACGCAUUAGAAAACAGUACGAUGCUUUUUGAACUCGAUGUUAGGAAAUUUAUUUCAAUGAAGAACGAAGUUGCGAAGGUGGAUUGGUGUGCUUCUGUGGCGGGACUACAGAAAGGACCAUUUUUAUUGACUUUGGAAGGAUGCUCUCUAUAUGUUCAAGCAGAUAAUGAUGUGAUUACUAGUCUCUGGGCAGGACUUUUGAGCUAUGAGAUGGAGAGGAAAAGUAAUAAAUUGGAAGAUUAUAAACUUACUGCAGAUGACGUUCCUGUGAUUGUCGACAAAUGUAUAAAAUUUAUCUCCACGUACGGACUAUUCCAAGUUGGCCUAUAUAGACGUAACGGUACUGCCAGUGAGGCUCGAUCACUGAUGCAAGACCUGCAAAGAGAUCCAUUCAGUGUUCAUAUAACUCCUGGCAGUGAGGACAUGGUAAAUGUUGUUGCUGACGUUCUCAGAAACUUCUUUCGUCAGUUAGAAUCACCUUUAAUACCAGAAUAUGUUCAAGAAAAACUUUUGGCUGUGCAUGAAAAAUCAGGCGUCGAUAAAUCUGAUAAUUAUCAUGAAGUUCUUAUGGGUUUGUCUCGUGUACGACUGCAAACACUGCGCCGAGUUCUAAGUCAUUUGAGAGAUGUUGCGGAAAAUUCGACUUCAAAUCGUGCAACAGUUGAAAACAUUGCUAAAGUCUUUGGUCCUACACUCUGCUGUGUAAAUCAGACCGACAGUGAAGAGAAGUUCCGAUCAUACGAUAAAACAGUCCAACACGUUAAUAUAAUUAAAGAUCUUUUGGUUAACUACGCCAAAGUGUUUCGUGUUCCUUUGCGGGAAAUGCAUGCUAGAUCACAGAUGGGUAUUUUGCAAACCAAAGCAAAUUCUUCUCAGGCAAGGGCUGAAGGUUUUUUGGUUCCUGUACAUCUUAUGGAGAAAGAUAGUCAUACGUUUAACGUUCAGUCAUCUUCAACAGCAGAACAGGUAUGCGAAGCGGCUCGGGGUAGACCUAGUUUUUCUGACGAAGGUUGUGGGACAAUGUAUGCACUUUUUGAGGUUGUAAAGACUGGUCAGUUAGAGCGACGGGUGGGCUGGAAGGAGAAGAUAAGUAGUAUGGCUGCUGAUCGAUGGCUGGACUGGGAUCCUUCAGACUGUUAUCUCAUUUUCAAGCGUGAUUUUAUGCCUUUUUCCUUUGAAAACCUAAAUGCGUUCGCAGAUGACGCAAAGAUAGCUGAACCUGGUUCAAAGUCAUUUAGCACAUGUCAUUUGAAACUCGAGACAGGCAAAACUAUUGUCUAUUGCAACAAAUCUUACAAGCCAGUCACUGAUUGGCAUGUUGAUGACGUUAUUUGGUACAAUGGACAUGAAGCUAGUCGGAAGCCUCCAUAUCCGUUCACGUUAACAUUUUUUCAGUUCAAGAAGAACUUUAAAUACAAGUCCAAGUACAUCGGGUAUUGCGUAGCAUUUCGGGAUAAUUUGUCUCGUAUUAAGUGGCUUAACGCAGUUCUCAGCGCGCAACGGAAUUUUUUACCUCAUCCUUUCGUAUGGCCAUCUUGA